AUGUUCAUCUGGCGGUGCUGCAGAAAUGUGCUAGCUGUCCGUGAGAACCUCCGACGACGGCGUGUCGAUGUGGAGGCUGACUGUCCACUGUGCGGUGAUAAUGGUGAAACUGAGGUCCACUUGUUUUUUCGUUGUGAAAUAGCCAGACUAUUUUGGUUUGCGACCCCUUUACAAUUAGAUGUGCUUGGUGUAGACGGAGAAGAUUUCCUGAGUUGUUGGGAGUGUUUGCUCCAGAAGUUUGCUCAGGUUGAUCAGAUUGAUGAGAUCCUUCAAAUUGUGGCUUUUGGAUUGUGGAGAAUUUGGAAAGGAAGGAAUGCGGUAGUGUUUGAAAGACAGACCUUGGACCCCAUAGAUUUGGUGAGGUGUUUGCGCAUGCAGACUAAUGAAUAUCGGGGGGCUCACUCGGCAACCAUGGUGCUUAGGAGUGAACUGGUAAGACCACCAGACGUAACCUGUCCCCCAAGGAGAACUUGGCAGAAGCCCCUCCCCGGAUCUGUUAAAGCUAACUGUGAUGGGGCUUGGGUGGCACAAACGAAGAGGGGCGGGGUUGGUUGGGUUAUCCGGUCUGAGUGGGGUGAGCUAUUGCGAGCAGGUGGGCGAAGGAUUGCUUGGUGUGGUACAGCACUUGUGGCCGAAGCAGAGGCUAUACGAGAUAUGUUGGGUAUUUGUCUGCAUAAUGGGUUUUUGAGCGUAGAAGUAGAGUCUGAUUCACAAGAGAUUAUUCGGAUGAUCAGGGGGGAUAGUCUGAGUGCGACAGAAAUAGAAGGUAUACUGUUUGACAUCCAAGUUCUAGUUAGACGGUUUCAGUGGGUGGAGUUUCGUCAUAUUCCACGCCUUUGUAACAACGCAGCACAUGAGGUGGCUGCUUAUUUCUUUAGAGCUGGGGGUUCUGAGGUCUGGGACCAGUCUGGCCCAGCGUGGCUCCAUAGUGUUUUAGCUCUUGAUGUUAUUGAUGCUUAG